CGCUGAAAUUCAAAGUUGAGUGGAAGAGACUGAAACCUGCUCGACGCCGAGACAGCUGCUGUCUCUCUUUCUCUCCUGUCAGCCCGCGUUUACUUGUGUUACAACUAUCGUUUUGUUCCGACUUUUACUCAGUCCAGUAUGGAGGCUGGGGAGGAAAACUCUGGCAACGUCAACUUAAAGAGGCAGAGAGAACCUCUGUCGGAUUCAGAAGACAACAUACACUCAGUGCCAGCAAUCAGUGAUGCUCAGAAGCGGCGCCGUUUGGAGGCAGCUGGUCAGGAGAACCGUAGUCCUAAACCAACCUCCUCUGAACGACUGGCUGUGCUGGAGAUAAAGCCAGACACACCCAUAGUUCCUUCAGUCCAGUCCCGUGUUCAUUUGCUCACUCAGAGAAGAGAUGGAGGAUCCCAUGUGCACCAGCGGUGUUUCUCGGAUCCCCUUGAGAACAAGGGCCUCAGAGAGCAACUUCUCACUGAGGGAGAAUUUAGUCAACGGAUGGAACGCUUUAAAGCACCAGCGACUCAGGUCAGCCCUAACUCCACGCCGAGCCCCAGCAGAUCCUGUCCACGGACACGCUCCAACUUUGUGUCGGACAUUCAUCAGAAACUCCAGUGCACAACAACACCCAGCUCCAAGGAGGCCACACGCAUGCGCCAGAUACGGGACCUGGAGUUGAACCAGAUGCAGUUCCAGCCCAUCAGUGAGAAUGCUUGGCUGAAAAGAAGGAACUCUGAUUCUUCUUUAACUCAGCAGGAACGGACCCCCACUGGAUCCUCAUCACCCGUCUCAUGGGUUCCUAGAUCACAAAGGAGAGUUUGGCCUCCAGUGCAGCCCUGGGAUCAGGAUCCUGGUGAUGCCGAGAUGAAAGAUGGCAGUUUCACUGAAACCCUUGUGAGAGAUGUGGGGAAGCCCUCUGUAGACAUAAUGGAUGCUGACCUGAGCUCUCACGAUGAGACCAACACUGCUGAAAUAAUUGAUCAGAUGUUUGAGGAGGUUCUGGAGUGUGCUGGCAGGAUAGAAAACGAGAGACAGCUCGAUGAAGAUGGAGUGGACCGUGACAGCGGUAUAGGUGCUUGCUCUGGUGGCAAGGAAAAUGUGGAGACGGAGGUGGGAAAGAGUGAAGACGUCGAGGCCAAAGAAGAGGGGUGUGAUCAGAACAGAAAGCUUGAAAGCAGUGGGGAUGAACUCCUCACUUUUCCUCCAGCUGGCAUCCUCUCCCCUCUCAGCAAGUCUGUCGAAGCUGUGGUCACUCCUCUGCGACUGGCUGCAGCUCAAGAGUCUAAUCCUUCAUCUCUGCUGCUGACCCCAGACGAGACCAGCACUCCUCCUGCUGAAUCUGCUCCCCUGUACAGCAUUGACGCCUACCGCUCACAAAGGCAGAAAAAGCUGCCCACCAUUCAGAGCGUCACUCCUGCGCUUCACAGACGGGCUCCAGACACAUCCAAGCUUCAGACGUCCGUCAACACCAAGGAGAAAAUUGCGGGUCUGAAUGAAGAAGCAGGGAAACUACAAAAUGUGAUGAACCAGACCCUGCAAGCUCUGGGCUGCUGCACUGAUGAGCAGCAUGGACGAGGCUCGCUGGAGGAGGCCGAGGCCGAGAAGCUCCUGCUGGUCUCCUGUGAGAAACAUGCUGCCCUGGUGGCAGAGGUGGCCAGACUGAGACAGGAAAGAAGCUCUGAGUCUGAAGAGGCUAAAGAAGACACGCAGUACAUCUCCCAGCAGCCCUGCAGAGGAACUGUCAGCAUUACAAACAUCCAGCUGCCUCUGAAGGUGGAAUUUGUCUGCUCCUCACACAACCGCACAGGUCGGCCGAGCCACUACUUCUUCGUGCUGAUCCGCUAUGGGCCCUACAACGUUGUUGCAACGCCACUGGCCACGGCUGCUGAUGCUCGAAACGGAGACACCAUCUCCUUCUCAACUUCCGUUACACUGAAGGAUAUUCGCCCUUCCUUUGAGAUUGAAGUUGAAGUCUACAGCCUGACCCACGCGUCAGCUACCAGCGGCAGCGUGGACCGGGCCACUACUAAGUCACGGGUCACCCCCAGAAAGCUUCUGAAUACCAUCACGAGAUCGGGCAACAGUCUGACAGGUUCGGCUCCCGUUGCCAUCAACACUCGUCGCACCAGUAACUUUUCUCUGGUGGGCUCCCAUAAGAUCACCUUGUCCUCGCUGGGACACAGCAAAUUCCCUCUCGAUAAGAUGAAAUUUGAAGGCAAAAUCAGGAGGCUGCUUGGAGAUGAGUUUCAGGAAAAGGUGCCUUUUCUCUCUCCAUUAGAGGGUAACAUCUACCUGCAGCUGGAGAGCCAGAGCCACUCAAAUAUCCAGCAUCAAGGAUUCCUGACGAAGUUUGAACUAAUCAGUGGUUAUGGCGUCUGGCAUCGCCGGUAUUUCGUCCUGGAGGGAUGCAACAUGUAUUACUGGAACCACCCAAAUGAGAGAGAAACCAAGGAAGCAGAUGGCAGCAUCUCGUUGUCUCGGUCUCUCAGUCAGUGUGUCAGGGCUGUCAAGAGAGAUUCCUGUGCUCGACCUUACACGUUUGAGCUGGUGAGCAACAUCACACAGCAGCAGGACCACGACCAGGAGGCAUUUUCCAAGUGUUGGUUCUCAGCUGACACCAAACAGGACAGGCUUGACUGGAUGGAGAAGCUCAGUCAGGCUCUCUUGGACUUUCACACCUGGAACCCGACCCAGUCAGAAAGUCAGCACACAAAGGCAAACAGCACUGCGAGCCUGAGGGAGAGUAUGCUGUGAAACGCCACGCGUGAUGUGUUACAGUCUCCGUCUGUAAACCGUGACAUCUUCCUGGAUUAGUUGCAAUGACAAAAACACAUGUCGUAUAUUGAUUUCAUCACUGGGAGAAACCCGCUUAAUUAUUCUGUAUAUGUCCUUUAACCAGAAUCCAAUCUUUUAGUUGGUUUUCUUUUAUUUUGAAAGUCACAAUUCCCAUUGAAGGAUUUUUAGUUUCAUUUAAUCAGGUUUUUGUGGAAAUCUGGUUUUAUUUUGUUUUUUUCCUCCUCUCCUUUUGGGAAAUCAGCUGCUUUAGUCUUUCUGGGAUUAUUAUUUGGUCACUUUCAAUAGUUAAGAUGAAGUUUAUCUUGUAGUAUAUAUAUUUUCACCAUAAUUUACUUAUUUCGAUUCAGAUUGCAUUUAUAAAGAUACACUAAUAAAUCUAUUACUCUACUAAUCUAAUAAAGGAAAGUAUAGUAGAAAUGCUACAAAAAUGAUGCAAUCUCUUGUUUGAAUGGGUUUUUUUGUUUUUUCCUUCCUCAAAAUGAAAUGCUGUGAUUUGCAGUAUCUGCAUAUAUUUGAACAACAUUUUUCAGCUGGAUGUUAACAGAUGUUGGUUUUCUCCUGUUAGUCACUUUUAUUCUUCUGGUUAGGGAUUUCAGCUGAUGCUGUGGAGGGUGCUGACGAAAAAUUAUACAACAUAUAAAUGCAUUAUUUUUAUUGAAGGUUAGGGGGUCCAAUACACAAUCAUUGUCAUCCCUGACAUCCAACCUACUCUGGUGAUGUUGCUAAAGAACUACCUGUCAAAAUCUGACACCUGUCAAUUACAUUUAUCCCUUUUUCUCUAGAUGGGGUCUAACCUUCCUCCUCUUGCCCUUGAAGGGUUUACUUAUUUACAAAUCUAAAUCAUUUAACGUGAUGCAGCGAGCAGGAUCGCUUGUGUGCGUGAAUUAAGGAACUGUCGUCACUUUGUUCAAAUGAAUGUGGUCUGUUCUUGUGAUUGGUGAGUUUUCCAUGUAUUUGAGUUUGUCCCUAUAAAUGUUGUUUUUGUGUAGACUCAUUCUAUGCAUUUGAUCGAAGGUACCAAUAAAAUAAAUGCAUUGA